GUUUGCGGGGGUCCAGUUAAUCGAUUCGGUUUCCGCUGGUGUGAACAUUUACCUUUUCGCGAGGCGGAUUUGCUUACAACUGAGAGCCAGUGAUGCGGUUCUCCUUUAGCAUGCUAGCUAGCUAGCUAUUCGGGCUAACCAAACAACGCUCACCGCCGAGGCACUUUCCUCCCUCCACGAUUAGAAAUAUCGUGUUCGGGAGGAUGGCUUCUCGCGGGAAAUCGGAAACCGGAAAGCUGAGGCAAAAUAUGGAAGAGCAGCUUGACAGACUGAUGCAGCAGCUUCAGGACCUGGAGGAAUGCAGAGACGAGCUGGACGAGGAAGAGUAUGAGGAGACAAAGAAGGAAACCUUGGAACAGCUGAGUGAAUUCAACGACUCCCUGCAGAAGAUCAUGACAGGAGACAUGACACUCGUGGAUGAGCUCAGUGGGAUGCAGCUGGCAAUCCAGGCUGCCAUCAGCCAAGCGUUCAAAACUCCAGAGGUGAUCCGGCUCUUUGCCAAGAAGCAGCCGGGACAGCUGAGGACCAGACUAGCAGAGAUGGACCGAGACGUCAUGGUGGGGAAACUGUCGCGGGACGUGUACACGCAGCAGAAAAUGGAAAUCCUCACAGCCCUGAGAAAACUUGGGGAGAAGCUGACUACAGAGGAUGCGACUUUUCUCACCGAAAACGCAACGGCAAUCCUGAGCCAGUUUGAAAAAGUGACCGCAAACCUCGGGUCCGAAGACAAGAUUAUGGCUUUAGCUAGCUCUGGAGUGAAAACCAAAGCAUAGUAAUUUUACAAAAUAUUAAUUUAAACUGGAUCUUUGUUAUUAUCAAGAAUCAAAUGUGCCAAUCGAUCACUGAUUGUUUCUUUUUAACAAUAUGGUUUUAUACCCCCUCCCAAAACUUUUGUAAAUGUCUUUUAGUUGUGCAGAUAAGUGUAUAAUUGUAUUAUAGGUACGAGCAUAUGAUAUCUUUAAUAUGAAGAUGUGUACAUAAAUGUAGAUGAUUGUCGAGACAGUUCAAGAGAAAUAUCCUGUGUGGAUUUGUGCUGUUUUUCUUAUUGCUUGCUGUGUGUCUUGUGUUAAAACCUAAAAAUUCAACAGUGGUAUUUUUAAGAUGUUGAUCUCCUGUGUGAGUGGCAGGUUUUUUUUUUUUAGAUGUAAAAACUGCUGUGUACAAGGUUUUGGGACAAAAUAACAGAAGCACUACAUUCAAGAGAGAAAUGUGAAGAAACUAAAUGCCAUUGCAUGCCUUGUGCAUUAAGUACAACUUCACAGGAGCUUUUCUGCCUAGAGACUCAAAUGAUUGUUGUUGAAUUCAUCUGGUGCUAUUAUAUUAAUUUGCCUAUGUAUUUAUUUAGCAUGAUAAACUCUCCCUCCAAUAUCAGAAGCUCUGUUUUAAAACCAGAGUGGACAAAUUAAAAGUCUGGAACAGCA